UUCAAGGCUGUUUAUAAUUUUAUUUUGCGUGUGGUUGAAGGCACUGAAACGAGAGCCCGUCGAGUUUUCUCGGUCUUCUUCUCUCGAGGUCUUCUUCGGAUUGGAUUGGAUUGGAUCUUGUGCGUGCGGCGGAGAGCGACGAUGAUCGAGGUUGUGCUGAACGAUCGUCUUGGGAAGAAGGUGCGGGUGAAGUGCAACGAGGAUGACACCAUCGGCGACCUGAAGAAGCUGGUGGCCGCCCAAACGGGAACGAGGGCUGACAAGAUCCGUAUCCAGAAGUGGUACAACAUCUACGAGGACCAUAUCACUCUCAAGGACUAUGAGAUUCACGACGGCGUGGGUCUCGAACUCUACUACAAUUGAAUUGAUCCAUCAUCUCAAUCUCAAUCUCAAUCCUAGGUUGGCUUAGGCAUGUGAAGAGCAAAAGUUGAUAUAAAUGGAUAGCUAAGUCAUCAGUGCUCGAUGUAAUAAACAAAAUUUGGGAACAUUACUGCUUUAUAUUUUUUUGGUUUUUAAAACAGCUUGUGUUUUCACUGUGUAUAACGAAAACGAAGACAAUGACAUGCCCGUGAAAGCAGGGAUUUGAUCUAAAUCUUGCAGCAUAAAACCAGUACUGCUUUAUUUU